AGAGAGAGAGAGAGAGAGAGAGAGGAAGGAGGGGGAACAGAGAAUCGACCGAGUAUUAACUUCUGGCUCCUGCGCGGCUGAAUGUUCGGCUCGGAGGUUUGACGUUGCCAGCUUUACGCGGAGGAGGGAGGAGGGAAAGAAAGAAAGAAAGAUAGAAGAAAGCAUUUGUUGCGUUCAGAGGUCGCGGAUCAGGAGCGGCGCGGAUGACAAAGAAGACAACUUUCUCCGCCGGGUUUGAUCGCGUAUCGUUUCUUUAACGGAGAGGCUGAGGGAGAAGAAGAAGACGACAUCAUGCCACGGCGCACCGUGCAAGAAGUGACCGUGCAGGAUGUCCAGAAGCGAAGGAACCCGAACAAACACUACGUUUACAUCAUCAAAGUGUCCUGGAGCGAUGGCAGCACGGAAAUCAUUUUCAGACGCUACAGCAAGUUCUUUGACCUGCAGAUGGAGCUGCUGGAUAAGUUCCCAGUGGAGGGAGGCCAGAAAGACCCGAAGCGCAGGAUCAUUCCAUUCCUACCAGGGAAGAUCCUGUUCAGGAGGAGCCACAUCAGAGAUGUGGCCAUGAAAAGGCUCAGGCCCAUCAACGAGUACUGCAGGGCCCUCAUCCAGCUGCCAGUGUACAUCUCCCAGUGCGAGGAGGUCCGGGUAUUUUUUGAGACCAGACCUGAGGACCUCAACCCACCCAAGGAGGAACCCAUUGGAAAGAAGAAAUCAGGGAUUGUGGAGCGAGCGACUACUUUCCUAAAGCGAGGAGACUCCACCUCGGGGGACCCUCUCCUCCUCGACCAGUACGUGGCGGUAACGGACUAUGAAAAGCAGGAGAGCUCCGAGAUCAGCCUGCAUGUGGGUCAGGUGGUGGAGGUCAUUGAGAAAAAUGAGUCUGGGUGGUGGUUUGUGAGCUCUGAAGAUGCCCAGGGCUGGGUCCCUGCCACUUGCCUCGAGGCACAGGACGACCCGGACGACUUCAGUCUUCCUGGGGAAGAAGUGCCUCGGAGAUUCUGGUCACUGCCAAGGCACGUGGGUCGUCGCAGAACUUUAGGGGAUCUAUUCAGCACAGGCUUUGGGCAAGACGAGAAGUACUCGGUGAUUUACCCGUACUCGGCCAGGGACCAGGACGAGAUCGACCUGGAGAGAGGAAUGAUUGUCGAGGUCAUUCAGAGGAAUCUGGAGGGCUGGUGGAAGAUCAGGUACCAGGGCCGUGAGGGCUGGGCCCCCGCCUCCUACCUGAAGAAGGCGGACAUUCAGAGCCAGAAGCAGUCAGCGGGAGCUGCUGCCCAUGCCAGUACAAACGACCUAGACGGCUCCUCCAAACAGAACCAGCAAAACAACGCGGCGAGAGAGAACAGAGACAACAGCCACAAAGAAAACAGGCUCUCGUUUUUCUCCGACAACAACAAAAAAGUCGGAUCAAGACGGGGACCUCCUCCACGCAGAGAUCUUACCAUUCCACGUGGUGCGAACCUACCCAAGCCACCCAUUCCUCCUCAGGUUGAGGAAGAGUUCUACACCAUAGCAGAUUUCCAGACCACUAUACCUGAUGGUAUAAGCUUCCAGGCUGGAGUUAAAGUUGAGGUGAUUGAGAAGAAUGGAAGUGGUUGGUGGUACAUCCAGAUAGAUGACACUGAGGGCUGGGCCCCUGCCAACUUUAUCGACAAGUACAAGAAGACCAGUAAUGCCCUGAGACCCAAUUUCCUUGCCCCUCUGCCCAAUGAGAUGGAGAAGCUGAGACUGGAAGAUGGUGGUUUUUCUAAUGUUCCAGGCACAGAGGACAGCUGGUCCAAGCCUUUACCAGAUGAGCCGACCACAGCCCCCGAGUCCUGUGCCCGGCCUAAGCUGAGAGACUGGAAGUCCAGCGCCAGCAAGGGGGGCCCUCCCUUCUCUGGGCCUUUGCCUCCAGCUCCAUCUGCCCCUCCAGUUGAGGAGAAACCAGCUCUGCCUCCUCGAAGGGAGUCCAUUAAUAAGAGCUUUGAUUUGGAGGUAGCAGAAAAACCAAGACCUGAUCUUUCCAAGCCUUUGCCCCCCAAACCCCCGGCGCCUGGGGUCAUCGUGCCGCUGGUUACACCAAAGCCAGCCCCCUUCAAACCAGAGAAACCACCAGAGGCCAAGAAAGAAGAUAAGAACAAAGCUCUUCACCUUCGGAAUGAGAUGGGUCUCGAAUGUGGUCACAAGAUCUCUGCCAAAGAGGUGAAGAAGUUUAAUCUGAAACCUGUUCCUAAACAGCCACCAAAACCCAAAUCAGAAGUGCAGGAGGAGAAACCAGAGGCACCUGGCCCAUCGGUGUUAAUAAAGCCCAAGCCAGUACUCCGGCCUAAACCUGUUCCAGCCGCCAGGCCAGAUCCCCCGGCAGAGAACAAACUGGACAUCACCAACCUAAGAAGCAAGCUGAGGCCAUCAAAACCAGCAGAUCUCGGCUCCGGGUCCGCUGAGGCGAACCAUCAGAACGGUGCCUCAGCAGCAGUUAACAGUCCCCGACCCAGUUCACCACCGAGCUCUCCACCUACCCACAUCCCCAGUCUCAACAAUGCCAAGUACUGUAAAGAGCCAAAAGUUCCCCCAAAACACAUGAAUGGCCACAGCCACGAGAGCUCAUCGCCCCCUGCCAAACCAACAGUGCCUCCCCACAAGGAACCCCCUCAGAGACCACCCGGCUUGGCUCCGAGAAGACCUCCUCCUCCGAAGAAGUCCGAGCCAUCCAGUCCGACUGAGCUCAAACCGCCAUCCGCUCUCAAAGAAGCCCAGGAUAUUCCCAAGGCCGGACCGCCCCAACUCAGCAGACCGCCUCCCCCUAAACCCAAAGGGUUUGUUCCGAUACCCGCAAGCAAAGAGAAGGAGGAGUCCAAGGUCAACAAAGUCCCAAUUCCUCCCAAGCCCCAGUUGAAGCCCGGCCCACCCAAGGACAAGCUUCCGCCUUUACUCAAGGAGCCCAGCAGGGACGAGCUGUAUCUCGCUGUGGCGGACUUUGAAGGGGAUGAACAAACGUCCAGCUUCAAGGUGGGUACAGUGUUUGAGGUGUUGGAUAAAAACAGCAGCGGCUGGUGGUUCUGUAAAAAAGCAGGUGAUGAAGUCGAGGGCUGGAUCCCCUCGAAUUACCUGAGCAAGAAACCUUAGUCUGAAUGUGCCCUCACAAUCAUCCCCCAUGCGAAUAAAUAAAAACAAAAGGUUUUAAAUGAACAAAUUAUCACUACUUUGUAGCUAGUUAGCAUUUGUUUAAUUUAUAGGUACUUUUUUUUUUUUAAUUGACACAUUUGUUAUGUUAAAUUUUUUUACGAGGAUGUUCUACCUUAACUGAACCAGCAAUAACACAUGCCCUAAUGGGUCGUGUGAUGUUUACUAGUUUUUAAUCUUAAGUAUUAAGUGAGAUAUUAUCUGCUUGCAUUGCCAUAUGCUAGUUGCAGCCUGUGCCAGUCCUGCCAUUACAAAGGCUAGAUGUCAUAACAGCGAUUAAAUGUAUCCUCACCCAUGCCUCCUAAGAUAUUGUGCCUCGAUAUUAUAUGCAAAGUGCUUUAGUGCUUAAUGAACCGUACGUGACUGUAGACAUAGUUCUUGUUGGAAUCGUCAAAAGCUUUGACUUUAAAUCUAAAAUCUAGAAUCCCAGGAGAGUGAUCUAGAUGUUCAUAUCCUGCCAGUCUUUCUCCAGCAGUAGACGAACAAAACAAAAAUCAUAAAUCGCUAAGACAAUGACUGCACAUAAACUCAUUAGUAGGUCAGUGACCACAUCUGGGCUUUCAAGUGCUAUUACUAAAAAUAUGUAUUUGCCAAGUAGAAGUGCCGUUUGUUACAACUGAAACAUGCGUAUUAGUUUUUGUGCUAUUGUAAUGCUUUUCUAUUUUAAUUAAUGUUACAGUGACUUGUAACAAAUGGGCACUUUUUCAGUCAUAUCAGAUGAGUUUUGGGUUUGCACAUGCAUCAGGAAGGGGGGGAAAUGCCACAGUGCAUUUUAUUUCUGAAUUUUACUCUUCAUUGCAUUUGCAAUAUUUUCAUACUUACUGUAGCAAAAAAAUCAACUCAAAGAUGAGGCUAGGGCAUCAAAGCUGUGGAAGUGUAAAGAGGUAUUUUAACUUCCAUGUUCUCUCGCACCCAAAAAAUAAGAAUUGUGAAGUGUGUCUUGCCCAAGCACCUCUGCGUCUCUGCACCAGAUGUCUGGCCAGGCGUAAGAAAUUGGAAAUCUACAGUGAUUUGUGCAAUGAUUUACAGUAUUUUAAGUGUACAGACUGGACGUUUGGUGCUCGAAUAACAGCAAAGUAUGACCAUUGUAUAAAAAAAAUAAUGUUGUACAUUAGUACUUGACUGGUUUCAAGCAUUGUCAGUAUAGCAAAUUAUUUUGAAUGUACAGAAAUGAGAGUCAUAUCUGAACUGUUAUCAUUUUUCUGAUGGUGGUCCGCCCCGAAAGGUCUUUCACUCUGUACUGAUUGUGGUUUUAGAAGGGAGAACGAGCCAAGGGGAUUUUGGUUGGUUGACUUAUGGGAGUUUUGAAAUUACUGAAAAGUAGGUCUGUUGAGAAAAGUACAUUAAACCACUGGGUGAUAAUUCCAUACCAGAAAAAGCAAAAAAGUGGAAAAUAAAAAAAUGUAUGUUCAUAGCUGUGGACAUAAUCGGACAAGGCUACAAGCUGCAACGCUGAUUCGGUUCAGCUUCUAGUCGCUUCAAUGUUACACCACCUUCCACUCAUGUUCUGCAAAGAAGAAAAAAAGGACAAAAGUUAAAAUAUACCUUAAGUUGUAUUGUCCAGGUUCAAUGUGUGAGGAAGGUACAGUACAGUGCAAAGCAAAUGUUGUGGGUUGAUGGUGACAGUAUUGUAAUAUUAUUUACUUCCUUUUUUUUUGCUAUGUAUUUUCCAUUACAUUGAGUCUCCUCUUUCACUCAAGUCAAUAAAAGUUUUUGAUUUUUAA